CCCUCGUCCCGCCGCUGCCGCGGCCGCCAUUGGGGUCGCCGCCUGGUCAGCGCGUCCGCCUCGCCUCGCCUCCCCUCGCCUCGCCGCCGUCCCGCGUCCGUCCCCUCGGGCCGAGCUACCGUCGUCCCCCAACCCCCGCCCCCGGCGCCCGGGAGGAGGCGGCGGGAAGCGCCCUGGCCCCGCGCUCCGGAUGAAGCAUGUCGGCCCCCAGCGUGGACCCGCAGUACAGAACAGUUCCGUGCGUCAUAAGGACUCAGGCCCCGACCAUGACUUUGAGCCCUACCUUUCUGCACCAUCCAGCCAGGGCAGCACGUACCCAUCCAUGACUGACCCCUACCUGCCCAGCUACUAUCCACCAUCUAUUGGUUUUCCAUUCUCCCUCAAUGAAGCGCCCUGGUCUACAGGAGGGGACCCCCCAAUCCCUUACCUCACACCAUAUGGACAGCUCAGCAAUGGAGACCACCACUUCAUGCAUGAUGCCGUGUUUGGGCAGCCCAGUGGCCUGGGCAGCAGCAUGUAUCCACCAAGGCUUAACUUCUUUCCCGAUGGACCCGCCUUUUCCGCCUGGGGACCCAGUGGGGCACCAGGACAACCGGCACAAGGCUCUGCAUACGGCAGCAGCUUCUCAUACCCGCCCAGCUCGCUGGGGGGCACCAUGGUGGACGGGCAGCCCGGUUUCCCUGGCGACUCUCUGGGCAAGGCACCUGGCGUGAACAGCCUGGAGCAGGGCGUGAUGGGCCUGAAGAUUGGUGACAUUGCCCCUGCAACUGGCAAGACUGGCCCCACUGCCAGCAGCACGGCUGUGCUGGGUGUCCUCGCAGGGAACAGUGGGACAGGCAUGAGUGGGCAAGUCCCCAAGACCACCUCAUGGGCAGCCAUCGCUAGCAAGCCUGCAAAAGUUCUGCCAAAAACAAAAGCCAAGUGCGGCCCUGGGACUGGGGGUGCCCUGCUACCUUCGCCCAACAAGCCACACCUGGACGUGGGCACCUGGGACGGGGACAGGCCCAGGCCCCAGGCCACCGCAGCCCAGCCCCUGAGCCCUGGCCAAUCUCUGCCAGCUCCACCUCCUCCCCUGGUCCUACCACCAUCCCAGCCACGCUGGGUUGCCCCACGCAACAGAAGUGCCGCCUCGUCAGGCCCUGGAGGUGGGGCUGGAGCAGACAGCGGCUCUACAGGAAGCGCUUUGCCUGGCUCCUGCCCAAGCUCCCACCCGGUGCUCGAGCGCCUGAAGGCUGCGCACAGCUACAACCCUGAGGGCUUCGACUGGGACCUGCGGCGUGGCCGCGCCUUUAUCAUCAAGAGCUACUCAGAAGACGACGUUCACCGCUCCAUCAAGUACUCCAUCUGGUGCAGCACCCAGCACGGCAACAAGCGCCUGGACAGCGCCUUCCGCGCCUCCCGCAGCGCUGGGCCUGUCUACCUGCUAUUCAGUGUCAAUGGCAGCGGCCACUUCUGCGGCGUAGCUGAGAUGAAGUCCGCCGUGGACUACGGCGCCAGUGCGGGGGUCUGGUCACAGGACAAGUGGAAAGGCAAGUUCGACGUGAAGUGGAUCUUCGUUAAGGACGUGCCCAACACCCAGCUGCGCCACAUUCGCCUGGAGAACAACGACAACAAGCCGGUGACCAACUCACGAGACACGCAGGAGGUGCCGCUGGACAAGGCACGGCAGGUGCUGCGUAUCAUCGCGUCCUACAGGCACAGCACAUCUAUCUUUGACGACUUUUCACACUAUGAGCGGCGCCAGGAGGAGGAGGAGGAGGUACGCAAGGAACGGCAGAGCCGGGGCAAGCAUUGAGGACCCACGACUGCCAUCUGCACGUCUCCAGCAGCCCUGGCCAUCCCUUCAUGUCCGUGAGGCAGCAGCGCUUUAGAAAGAGGCAAGACCACCAGUUCCGUCCAAGAUGUUUAUUCCGGCCAAAAUGGGCGCUUACUCCUCCCUUCGCAGCCUUUGAGCGUUUUGGAGAGUCUUCGCUCGCCCUCUGCCUGGCCAGUGGGGAAAGGCAGAGUCACUUGGCAGGUCCCUGGCGUGGGGCUGAAGGCCAAGGUGACCCAGCAUGCUACUGUGUCUGCAGCUGGUCUCUGCCUGGGUGACUUUCCUUCCCACAUGGGGAUGCUCUCCGAGGGUCUCCUGCAGUGCUUGGACAGGCCAAGUGCUGGCCUUGACUGCCAUUUUGUCUGUUCAGAACCCUAAUGAAAUUCUAAUUUUCUAUCACUAAUGCUGAGCCCAGUAAGGCAGAGACAUGGGUCUCGCUUCUUACUCCUGGUGAAUGGGUUAAAGGAAAAGAAGAAAAGCAAAAUCAAAUCUUUUUGAAAUGGA